AUGCAUCUGAACAACAUCGUGAUUGGAGCCAUUGUGGCCCUGAGCAGUACGGCGGUCGCGGUUCCCUCGUCAUCCGGGAAAUUCCACCUGGAGAAGAUCCAAGUCCCCGGUCGUCGCACGACAAGCAACCGGAACUGGCCCAAGAUCAUGUCCCCCAACAAGGCCAAUGGCACCGCCCACAGCCCCGCGAGCACGGACUAUAGACCCGACGGGGUGUGUUCCCAGCUGUGCGGCGUGGCCGCUCAGACUUGUGUGGUAGCUCUACCGAACGAUGAAGACUUCUGCUACGACACGUAUGUCCAGUGUGACAGCCGGUGUUAG